UGUUCAUGAAGAACCUUCCGUUCUCAAGUUUGCACUUAACUUCAUCAAAAAAGUCGAAAAAUCGUCGUGUCAACGGAAUUAAUUGAUUCGUGAUUUUUCCACGUAAUGAUGAGUCACUCCGGCAUCUAAAAACAACAAAUUUGCACAUUUUUUUCACCUCAAAGUUGCUUUCUUCGGCGCUCGAAAAAUCAUCGUUUUUCGUGUUCAAUUAACUUUUCUCUUCGUUUUUUGUUUGCACACGAAGUUGAAGUAAAUAACGAAAAACUUAAGUUUCACGAGCUCCAAACUUGUGCCCUGACGUGUCGAAAGAUUCUUCAUUUUUUUAUAACGUGUCCCAGACCAUCUUUCGUCGUGGCUUCGUGCGCGAUUUUCGAUAUGGCGUCUCAUCCCGCCUACGAAUACGAAGAACGAGGGCAACGCAAUUGCCGCGACAGGGUCGCCACCACCUCAAGACCUGCGGAUUCUACCGUCGCCUGUACGAAUGCCCAAUACUACGUCGAUCAAAGCAGCGACAUAAGCAGCGAAGAUCUCGCUGAAUUGCCUUCUUGCGUUUAUGCAGGAAGACAAACGCAACAUGUGGCCCAUGCCUCGCCGCACACCCAUUCGCCGUUACACUAUCACAUGCCAAUAUCGACAUCAGAUUCGAUGUUCCCAGACCACAACGACGCUGAAAUGAAUGGAGUCGAGGACAGUUACUACCCGAACGGUAGCCCCUUCAGAGCUCAAAGACACGCGGCAAAUAUUCGAGAGCGCAGACGGAUGCUAAGUGGGAUUGAAAUUUUUAGCAGCAUCAACUCGGCUUUCGACGCACUUAGGGGCCACGUGCCAACGUUCCCAUACGAGAAACGCCUCUCGAAAAUCGACACGCUCAGAUUAGCAAUUGCUUACAUCGCGCUCCUUCAAGAAGUUCUUGCAGCUGGUUUGGAUCCUUUAACGUUUAUCGAGAGAUAUCUUAGGGGUCAGAUCAGUGGAGUACGAGCCGAGUGGAACACGAGCGAUCUGACCGCUCGACUUUCCUGGAUAAACUGGGCAAAUUUGGGUGUAAAUCCGAACAGGCGAUCGAUUCUUACGACACUCACUCUGACGACGGACAACAUGAACUAAUAAAAGUACUUGUCAGGAGUGCGAAACUAUUCGACGUGUCAAAUUCAUCGGGAAAUUUCUUUUCAUAAAAUACUUGUUGUGUAAAUAUAUUUCGUACGGUGCGCGGUACAGUGCGACGAAAGAGCUCUUGAAAAUCAUAAAAACUAGUCUACGUGCAAUAUCUACGAGUUGUAUUUCGUACGUAUUAUAUACAUAUAAAUAUAUAUAUAAAUUUAAACUGAUGAAAAAUGUGGCUGAUGAUACCGUUUAGCUCUAGCUAGAUUAAGUAGAAUUUUAUUUGGAAUAAUGUUUCAAUAAAAACGAUGCGUACAAAAUGA